AUGCUUUUCGUGGAACCAGGCCUGGUCCGCGUACAGACGACGCCGUUUCGCCUGUUUCCCUCCCCAAUUGCUCUGCAUCGAGUACCGAACAAAGACAUCAUCGCGCCCUGCUAUCCAUCCGUCACUCCCGAAUGUCCUGCAGCCAAGCCCCGAGCCUUGCUUUCGCGUCUACAUGCCGCCGCUAAUUAUGGCGUGGCGUGGCCCCCCGGUACAGAUCCUUGGUUUGCUUCUUGCUUAGCCCCCCCGAGCCAUCAAGCUCCGCCGAACACACAGGUACCAUUGCUAUCUACAGCAAUACACAAGAUUGUGUCUCUUGGUGUUAAGCUUCAAUGCCCUGUUACGACAUCCUCUAGCAUGCGUCGUUCCAUUUCGCUUGAAAUGCAUGCAGCCGAUAGCGAGUCCUUAAGCCAACCCAAUAACGCACGAUGCCGCGUUUGCUUUCCCUGA